AUGGUUCGUCCAGCUCAGGUCAGCAGUUCAGUGAUGCUCAAUUCCAAUGCACAUCGCCUUCACUAUCAACUUCCUCACCAUCCUGCUUUUGCUGAGCGCGUGUUCGCCGUCGGUAUUACUCCACAAACCAAGUCAUCCAAGAACCUGGACUACGUUGUAACGCGUUCCAAGUGUGGAAUGACAUUGUACAGCAAGUCCGAGUUGAUGGUUCCGUUUGUGUUCUCGUUCAUGAACAACUGCGAGCCCAACUCAGCAAUACGCGUACAUGCUGAAUACACCGAGGAAAGAUACGCAAAUAAAGCCGUUGAGCGUUGUCCAAAUCAUCAGUACAAAGAUACGAGUGCGGAUGUCCGUCAACAUUUUGUUCGAUGUGAACACCCCAGAGCCAAAUACAUGGACAACGACGGCAGCUAUUUUGUGCGCAUUCCGAUGUGUGACACAACCGGGUUCUCAUUUACCUGCUUCAGUUCCUGCUCAGGUGGAAUUAAUCGUCGUCCACUGCAGCUUGUGUUCACAUUGGAGUCACCGAUGGGCAAGGUUCAGGACAUGUGCCACGUUGCGCUGAAGGUGUGCGCAAAUCCGUUGCGCGAUUCAUCCAAAGAAGACGACAAAAUGUAUUCACUCGAUUCACCCUGUGACCCAUUCGCCGGUCCAGUUUUAUCCAUGCAGAAAACGAGGAAGUUCAUUCAACCUUAG